UGCAAUGUCAGUUGUCAGCUGUGCAGCAUGCCAAUAAUUGUGCAGGUAUUCGAUUUUAGAUUUGUUUUCGAUGCGGUGGCAAAAUUUCACAAAUUUGUUUAAUUAUUUAUUGCAACUCGACACUUAAAAAUAGUUGUGAAAUUUUGAUAGUGGGUAAUAAAUAAAAUACGAACAUCAUAAUGUCGCGACACAGGAUUGUGCGAGCUAUGGAUUACAACGACGAAUAUGAUGGCUACGAUGAUGUCUAUGGACACUCUGUAGAUGAUGAUAAUUGUAUAUCACCAACAGACUCGCAAUGGCUAUAUGACAGAGCUCGUGGUCAACAUAGUAUGUCGGCCUUUAUUAAGAAUAAUAGAGAUAUUGAGGAGGAGGAGGAAGAGGAGGGCGAAGACAGCGUUACAUAUGAAAAAGACCGUCGAGACUCGGAUAAUUUCCAAAUGCCAAUAUUAAAUGAUAUUGACAAGGCGAAACUUACAUCGUGCAUUGAUGAAGUACGUAAUGUGGUUGGAGAUCAGAUAUCAGAGCGAAGAAUUGUAGAGACUUCAAUUAACUUCGGUUAUGAUAUAACAAAAAUACUCGACGAUAUUUUAAAUAACGAAUGCGACAGUAAACCGAAGAGACAUAAAGUCAGUGCGAGCAGCACAUCAAAAAAUCAAACGCUGCAGCCACCUACAUCGUCUGCGACAAAACAAAGAAGCCCUGAUCGUGAAAUUGCUUCCAACGUGAAUAUCCCACCUACAAUCAAAAUCACUGCCCAACCAUUAAGUGAACGAAACAUACGUCGAGGUUUUGAAGUGAAUUCACCACAGCAGCAAUUAUCACCAGCAGUGUCUGGUAGAAAUACUCCUGUAGAAGAAGAUGUCAAUAAUAAAACUACGGGAUCCGUUAAGGUAUCCAAAGAACAAGCACAGCGCGACGCUCGAAAACUUUACUCUCAGGAAAGAGGAGAACAAAAGGCUCAUUUUCAUAUGAUUGUCAUUGGACAUGUGGAUGCUGGUAAAAGUACAUUAAUGGGCCAUUUACUUGUUGAUACCGGAUAUGUUUCUCAAAGAGUAAUGCACAAACAUGAGCAAGAAUCAAAGAAAAUGGGCAAACAAAGUUUUAUGUAUGCAUGGGUUUUGGAUGAAACCGGUGAAGAACGAUCGAGAGGAAUUACCAUGGAUGUGGGCUAUUCACGCAUAGAGACCGACACUAAAGUAGUUACCCUUUUGGAUGCCCCUGGUCACAAAGACUUUAUACCAAACAUGAUUUCUGGGGCUACUCAAGCGGAUGUCGCGCUUUUGGUAGUAGACGCAUCUCGUGGAGAAUUCGAGGCAGGAUUUGAACAAGGCGGUCAAACACGAGAGCAUGCAUUACUUGUUCGUUCAUUAGGCGUAAAUCAACUGGGCGUGGUUAUUAAUAAGCUAGAUAUGGUUGAGUGGUCGAAAGAACGAUUCGUUGAAAUUGUUGGAAAAUUAAAAACUUUCCUUAGGCAAGCUGGCUUCAAAGAAUCGGAUGUUACAUUCAUACCCUGUUCGGGGCUUAGUGGUGAAAAUUUGGCAAAACCAGCACAAGAACCCGGUUUGAAAGCAUGGUACAAAGGACCUCAUUUACUAAGCGUAAUAGAUAACUUCAAAUUACCAGAAAGAUCUAUUGAUCGUCCAUUACGUAUGUCUGUGUCCGAUAUUUAUAAAGGCACCGGUUCCGGCUUUUGUAUAUCGGGACGUAUCGAGACCGGCGUUCUUAGUGUUAAUGACCGUGUACUUGUCGGUGCUAGUCGCGAGCAAGCUCAAACCAAAGCAUUACAAAUCGAUGAAAUUUCUCAAACAAAUGCUUUUGCAGGAGAUCAGGUCUCAGUGACAUUGUCGGGUGUCGAUAUGUCAACAGUGUCUGUUGGUUCUAUUAUUUGCGAUCCACAAAACCCUAUACCGGUGACAAAUCGAUUCCAAGCUCGUAUACUUGUAUUCAAUGUUACAGUGCCAAUAACAAUUGGUUAUCCUGUGCUACUUCAUUACCAGUCGCUCAUUGAACCCGCUGUCCUAAGUAAAUUACAAGCACAAUUACAUAAAAGCACUGGAGAAACUAUCAAGAAGAAGCCACGAGUUCUCGGUAAUAAUACAUGUGCUUUAGUAGAAUUAGAAACAACGCGGCCCAUAUGCAUAGAACGUUAUGCGGAUUUCAAAGAAUUGGGACGUUUCAUGUUGCGAGUGGGUGGAGUCACUAUUGCGGCUGGUAUGGUUACGAAAAUACGCUAAUAUUAAGGCCUUUAAAAUGUGAAUACUAUGUAAUAAAUUUAUCUACAAUUUUUUGAGGUGCAAAUCCGUAACUAGUUUCAUUUAAAUAGAUUUUUAAUGAAUGCCUAAUGAAGACUGAAAAACCUACUGUAAUAUUGAGCAGUUAAUUGUUUUUAAAGCAAUUGAAUGCAGUUUUUUUGGAUUUUAGGUGCAUUAAUUAUUGAGAGCCUCAAUGUAAUAAUUUUGAAUUAAUAAAUUCAUAAAAUUUGUUAAUGCUUAAUUAAUGCAUGUGCUAGAAGGCUUUUAAGUCCUUUUAAGGCUCUGCUAACCACAGAGUGACAUAUGGCUUUCCAAAACAAUAGAAAAAUUAGAGCAGAAAGACAUAUGCAGGAUUUACACCAAAAUCAAUGAGAGAGAGCGAGCAAGAUAAUCACACCGACAUGCCGUAAAAGAGGAGAAAUAGCAAAUUUUUUCCUGCUGCUAGAAUAAAAGAGACCAAAAAUAUAAUACAAGCUUUCUUUACUGGUAACGAAUUCGGAUUAACUGCUCUAAUCGGGGUUAAUUCGAGAGUUAUCUCAGUUUGUAAACUGAGUUAUCUCCGUUUGCUCACUGCCAUUUAAAAAUUUUAGAGAGUUAUAACUCCCACUAUAGUGGGUUUGUGGCAUUUUGGUUGGCAACAUUGUUAAACAUGGCCGCUUUUUAUCUAUUGUGAAUGAAAAUAUGCAAUACUGACAGAUGUUUUUCAUUUAAAUGAAAACGAAAACAUACGCAUGCAAUGAAAUAGCUAUUUUUUUCUAAAAUGGAAGUUCUAAUAAUAACGUAUUUAUGUAUAUUUUUUUAGUAAUUAGUGGUUUUGUACUAAUUGUGCGCAAUAUUUGCUUUUUGUUAUGGGAGUUUAUAACUCGCUAUGCUGCCGUCUGUCACAUACAUAUUUCGAACUGAUUAAAAGCGCAGUUAAUCCGAAUUAACUUUGCCGUUUGUCUAGGCUAUAAGAUAAGUAACUCUACUCGUCUUGCAGGGAAUUUUCAUCGGAAUAGAUGAAUAUUUAUUGAGCCUAAUAAAUUUUUUAAAACUUAUUAUUAUUUUCAUUCUUAAAUGACGCAGAAAAAUAUAAUUUAAAAAAAGUAAAUUUUAAAUGGUAAUUUUUUACAACAAUUUGAAAAAGAUGAUUAAUUAUCGCUAUAUCGCUCUUGUAUUUCUCUACUCGUUACAUUGGCGCUGUCAGUUUUCUCGUUGUUAACCGUUGCAACCUUGCUCUAGCUGUGACGCGUCGUGCAAAGAUACAUAAAAUUUCGUGGACGUUUUCGGUGAUUUUUCUUAAUAAAAGUAUUAAUAAUAAAUAAUAAUUGUUUUUUAAGAUAUUGCCAUUAUAAAUGUGUUUCGUUAGCACAGUGUGUGGAGAGAGAAAAUAGAAAGUAAGCGAAGUUGCCGAAGAACUACGCAGAUUUUGUUUCUUAACAUUCCAUUUUGUGCUCGAUCUUCGGAGCAGGUCAGUUGAUUCGUUAGUUUAGUUUGGAGCGAAUUUUUUGACACCAUAGUUAAUUUAAAGAAAGGCGGGGAUUAUAAGAACUAAAAUCGCUCGUUGGGACAUAGAACGAACGAAUAGGAAGAGAAGGAAGCGACAGAAAAAUCAGGCAAACGUCUCAGUUGAUAGCAACAGCAAAACGGCGCAGAGAGGCGCAGUCACGGAAUUUGAGUGAAGUUAUAGCUGUAGAGGAGGUUCAACAGCAACGUAAUCGCUAACGACAACAGCAACGGCAACAGCGGCUGCAAGAAAGAAGGUAAAAUAGAAGGGACAAAAUGAGUCAUAUUAACAUGAUGAAGUUGAAGUUGAGCCUAAAAUAGCGAUUGUUUGGGUUUACAAGAAAAAGAAAAAAGAUCCGAAAAAGUGAUAAGCUAAGUGAAAAUAGCAACAGCACUAAAGAGAAACAAAGUUCAAUAACGAAAAACUGGCAUAUCGAAAAUUAU